AUGCGUCUCAGCCAGACCAUCUACCUCGCACCCCUGGUGGCCCUGCUUGCGCAGGGCCUGCCGCUCAGUGAUGCUGCCGCCGAGACUGGCAUCAUCGUGCGAGCUGCCGACGACGAGGCUUGGGCGUUUCAAACCGAUGGAGCUGCCAAAGUUGAAAGCAAGCGAGCUGCUGACGAUGAGGCUUGGGCGUUUCAAACCGAUGGAGCGGCCAAAGUUGAAACUGAGCGAGCUGCUGAAGUCGACGCCUGA